AUGGCAGAUGCAGAACAGGGAAAUCAAACAUCCAUCAUGGGAUUCAUCCUCCUGGGCUUUGGGAAUCUCCAUGAACUGCGAAUUCUUCUCUUCCUGCUCUUUCUAGUGAUCUACAUUGUGACCAUGGGUGGGAACAUCCUCAUUGUUGUGUUAGUUGUGGUUGAUCAUCACCUUCAUACCCCUAUGUAUUUCUUCCUGGGGAAUUUGUCCUGCUUGGAGACCUGCUACAGCUCCACCGUCCUGCCCAGGAUGCUGGCCAGUCUCCUGACUGGGGACAGAACCAUUUCAUUUGCUGGAUGCCUCCUACAAUUUGAUAUAUUUGGUUCUCUGUUAGCUACAGAAUGUUGUCUCUUAUCAGCGAUGUCUUAUGAUCGGUAUUUAGCGAUAUGCAAACCACUGCAUUAUGCAGCCCAUAUGAAUAAUGGAUUUUCCUCCCAGCUAGCAGCUGGGUCUUGGUUAAGUGGCUUUGUCGCCAGCACCAUUGUAGCAUGUUGGAUAUCACAAAUGAUUUUCUGUGGUCCCAAUCAAAUUGACCAUUUCUUUUGUGAUUACACCCCGUUGAUCAAACUGUCCUGCAGUGACACCAGCCAGAUGGUUCUUGUGGCCUUCCUUCUCUCUUCCAUAAUUACCCUACCCCCAUUUCUAUUAACCCUCACAACGUACGUGUGUAUCAUCACCACCAUCCUGAGAAUCCCUUCCAGCACUGGGAGGCAAAAGGCCUUUUCCACCUGCUCCUCUCACCUCAUCAUGGUGACAAUUUUCUAUGGAACCCUGAUCAUUGUCUACAUGCUCCCAGACACUGCUACACUGCGAGACCUGAACAAAGUGUUCUCUGUCUUCUACACUGUCCUGACUCCCCUGGCCAACCCCCUCAUCUACAGCCUGAGAAACAAGGAGGUCAAGGAGGCCCUGAAAAAAGCUCUAAGUAAGACUAUGACUUUUAUAACCAAUCACAAACUAUUUUGUAGGCAUUUACUCUAA